AUGACUGAUAGCAUGGUGACCAGAGCGCGAGCGGUCGAUGAACAACUGUCGUCCAUGGCCGAACAACUCGCCAAACACGACGCAGUCCUCUCCAAAAUCGACGGCCUCUGUUCCACCGUACAACAUCACUCAGAUUCCUUUGAACUCAUGCGAAAAAGCCACUCCGAAUCCUUCGACCUUCUCCGCAACUCCCUGGCCGCUCAGCAGACGGUGAUGGCUGAGAUGUUGGUUAAACUUCAACAUCUCGACCGACCAACACCACUUCUGCCAACCUCUCAACCACCAUUACUUCCACUUCCUCCAUCCACCAUCCCUCCAACACUCCACCAUUCUUCACCGUUAACGCCACCAUCUCUUCAUCCCACCUCGUCAUCCUUGCCUUCCAAGUUACCAAAAAUUGAGGUUCCAUUCUUCUCUGGCGAAGAUGCUAUUGGGUGGUUGUUUCAAAUAAACCACUAUUUCCUCUUCAACCAGAUUCCGGAUGACCAACGGGUCGCCAUCGCAGCCUUUUAUAUGGCAGGUCAGGCACGCCAGUGGUUUCAAUGGUUACACUCCACCAAUCAACUUGGGCAGUGGGAUGAUUUUGCUCGGAAGCUUGAGUUGCGCUUUGGCCCCUCCUCCUACUUCAAUUAUGAAGCAUCUCUUUUCAAGCUCAAACAAACAUCCACGGUCGAGGCUUUUCUCCAUGAAUUUGAAUGCUUAUCCACUAGGACCACCAGGCUUCAACCACUCAGCUUGAUAAACUGUUUUCUAUCGGGUCUUAAGGACGAGAUUCAGCGGGAGUUGUACAUGAUGAAACCGCAGAACCUCCAUGAUGCCGUCGGACUGGCCAAGAUAGUAGAGGACAAACUCCGUGCAGCACGAGCGGCCGCUAAUCGGCCCCUGUUUCAACGACCGCUGCUACCAGCACCACCGUCCACCCUAGCACUUCCCCCACCUGCUCAGCGCCCCACUUCCCUUCCACUUAAACGGUUAACGCCGACCGAAAUGGCAGCUCGCCGUGAGAAAGGCCUCUGUUUCAACUGCGAUGCCAAGUUCGUUCCCGGACACCAUUGUAAGCCAGCUCUCUUUCUCUGUUUAAUGAUGGAUUCCGACGACUCACCUGGGCCAGAAGAGGAUCCCCCUCCUGUUCAAGAUCUACCUUCACAAGAGUCGAUUCCUACUAGUAACUGGGCACCGGAUACACCCUGCAUCUCACUCCACGCACUGAUGGGGCAAAUGGUUCCGUCGACAUUGAAGAUCGCUGCAUCUAUCCAUGGAAAAGACAUCAUCGUCUUAGUCGAUGGCGGAUCUACAAAUAAUUUCGUUCAAUCGAAAUUAGCAACACAUCUCAACCUCUUAGUACAGCCGUCUUCACACCUGCGAGUUACUGUCGGCAACGGAGAUGCAUUAACUUGUGGUGGUGAAUGUUCGGGCGUUCCUCUGAAAAUGGGUUCAGCCACAUUCAAAGUGGAUCUGAUUUUACUACCCAUAUAUGGCGCCGACGUCGUAUUAGGCGUUCAAUGGCUGCGACAACUCGGUCCUAUUGUGUUCGACUAUAGUCAACUUUCGAUGGAAUUUAAUUAUAUGGGCCAGCAAAUCCGACUCAAUGGGUUAACUCAAUCCAGUUAUGAGCUCUCCCGACCUGCUUCUCUUCAAAAAUCAGGUUCAUCUGAGGGCCACUUUUACCAACUUACUGUGGAAUCAAUUGAAAAGGAUGCGGAUCCAAAGUUUGGGUCCAACGCACCGAUCGUCUUUCUCAGCAAAUUCCAAUCCAUUCUCCAGAACUACAGAGAUAUAUUUGCUACUCCAUCGGGCCUUCCCCCAGUCCGGGAACACGAUCACCGCAUUCCACUCCUUCCUGGAACAAGCCCGGUGAAUAUCAAACCGUACCGGUACCCUCAUUUUCAGAAGACGGAGGUUGAAAAACUUGUUGGAGAAAUGCUCGCCGACGGUAUUAUCAGACCGAGCAACAGCCCAUUUUCUUCGCCCGUUCUCCUGGUGAAAAAGAAGGAUGGCACUUGGCGUUUCUGCGUCGACUACAGGGGCCUGAAUGCCGUGACCAUCAAAGACCGGUUCCCGAUCCCCACAGUGGAGGAAUUACUCGAUGAAGUCGCCGGCGCUAAGAUCUUCUCCAAAUUAGAUCUACGAGCCGGAUAUCACCAAAUCAGAAUUUUCCCCGCCGAUGUUGAGAAGACGGCUUUCCGCACCCACGACGGCCACUUUGAAUUCCUCGUCAUGCCUUUUGGUUUGACCAACGCGCCGUCCACCUUCCAGUCUCUUAUGAAUUCAACAUUCAGGCAAGUGCUUCGCAAAUUCGUCCUUAUAUUCUUUGACGAUAUUCUUAUUUACAGCUCCGACUGGACAUCACAUUUAGCCCACCUUGACGAGGUGUUUCAACGUCUUCGCCAUCAUCGAUUGUUUGCAAAGUUGUCGAAAUGUGAAUUCGGCUGCACCUCUAUCGGCUACUUGGGACAUGUUGUUUCUGGGGAUGGCGUUGCCGUCGAUCCUACCAAAAUUGAAGCCAUAAAGGAUUGGCCAUUACCACAAUCCGCCAAAGCUCUUCGGGGAUUUUUAGGCCUGUGUGGUUAUUAUCGGAGAUUUGUAUCCAAAUACUCUCAAUUAGCUGCACCAUUAACCGCAUUGUUGCGCAAGGAUGCUUUCACGGAUGCUUCCGGGACCGGCAUCGGUGCGAUUCUGCUCCAGCAAGGGCAUCCUAUUGCCUAUUUUAGCAAACAACUCAGUCCACGGUUGCGGGCUUCUUCGACCUAUGCUCGAGAAAUGUUUGCCAUCACGGAAUCCAUCAAGAAAUGGCGCCAGUACUUGUUGGGCCGCCGUUUCACGGUCCAAACGGAUCAUCGCAGCCUUAGAGCUCUGUUACAUCAAACGAUCCAGACUCCGGAGCAACAGAGGUGGCUCUGCAAGCUCGUUGGAUACGAUUUCGACAUUGAAUAUAAACCGGGAAUUUUCAAUGGGCCUGCAGAUGCUUUGUCGCGAGUGACUCGCGUCUCUUGUAAUGCCUUGUUGGCGGAAUCCCGACCACUACCUAUUCUAUGGGACUCGGUGAAGCGUGCCUACUCUGUUCAUCCGGCCACCAUGAAGUUAAUCACGGAUAUCACUACAGAUCCAGGUGACCACCCAAACUUUCGACUUAGGGACGGGUUGCUAUUCUUCAAAGAUCGGCUGUGGAUUCCCGAGGACUCGGCUCUCCAACCCUUGCUUGUCGCAGAGUUUCACACAACCCCAACGGGGGGUCAUGCAGGAAUUCAGAGAACUCUCGUCCGGUUAGCAAGUGUAUUCUACUGGCCGCACAUGAAACAGACAGUUGCUCAGUAUGUGGCACAUUGCACGGUUUGUCAGGCCAUUAAACCUAUUAAUCGGGCUCCUCAGGGGCUGUUGCAACCCUUACCAAUCCCCGGCAAAAUAUGGCAUUCGGUGUCGAUGGAUUUUAUCACGGGUUUGCCUCCGUCGGAAGGAAAGACAGCACUCAUGGUCGUGGUUGAUCGGCUGUCAAAACAGGGACAUUUUUCUGCGUUACCGACGAGUUUCACAGCACCCCAAGUCGCUGAAAUUCUGAUACGGGAUGUGGUCAAGCUCCACGGCACACCAGCUCAAAUUAUAUCGGAUCGUGAUCCAAUUUUUAUGAGUGGGUUUUGGCGGGAGUUAUUCAAAUUGCAAGGGACGAUGCUAGCCACGAGCAGUGCAUACCACCCCCAAACCGAUGGCCAGACCGAAGUCUUAAACCGAUACCUUGAGGACUAUUUACGGUGCUUCACAUCCGACCAUCCUCGCCGGUGGGUCAGAUAUCUACCGUGGGCCGAAUGGCACUACAAUUCAGCUUGGCAUUCGGCGAUCAAAAUGUCACCCUAUGAGGCUGUUUUCGGCAGGGAACCACCAACCUUACAAGAUUACUUGGCUGGCACAGCAACAGACUCGACUGUAGAUGUUGUUCUCACCGAGCGCGCAGCCCUUCUUUCCACAUUGCGCGAGAAUUUGAAGCGAGCACAGGUUAGGAUGUGCAAUCAGGCGAAUAUGGGACGAACGGAUGUUCAGUUCCACCCAGGUGAUUGGGUCUUAUUGAGGCUUCAGCCCUAUAGGCAGUCAACAUUGGCGCGUAGAAAGUCUCACAAAUUGGCUCGGAGAUUCUACGGGCCAUUCCAAAUAUUGGAUCGCAUAGGCGAAGUGGCGUAUCGCUUAGAGUUACUGGCCAAUGUUAAGAUUCAUAAUGUUUUUCAUGUGUCUAAGUUGAAACGGUUUGUGGGCAAUCCAAAUACUGAGAUUAGGACCCUACCAGACGAGUUCCUUAAUCAACAUCCACUAAGGGAACCAGAGGCUAUCCUGACGAGUAGGGAAAUUCUACGACACGGUAAAUGCUUCACCGAGAUCUUGGUUCACUGGAAAGGGCAGACGACUGAAGAUGCGACGUGGGAAGAUGCUGAGGAUUUCCACAUCACUUUUCCAGACUUCAUCCUUGAGGACAAGGAUAAAUUUCAAGGGGGAGCUAUUGUUGCAGUCCCAGCUGUUGAGAAAGGGCUGAGGGAGCACCAGCAACAAGCACCUAUGCCCAGGCGUAGUUUGAGGAGGAAUCAAGGAUUGGGCGGCAGCAAAUUCAAAGACUUUGGAGUAGGGGAUUACAAAGGAGGUUAUCUAGCAUGUGAGAAUGUCCUGGCACAACACCUGAGUGUUGUCUCUGGGUUUUAUCUUAAAGGGAAGUCUGAUUUUGUUGAUAAACCAAUAGCAAGAGAUGCAUGGAAAGGGAUAUGGGAUGAGAUUAUGGGAGUGAGUGGCAGGUCAUUGCUCAUGUACAUGGCUCCGUAUGGUGGCAAGAUGGAUGAGAUUCCAGUGUCUGAAACUCCAUUUCCACAUAGGAAAGGUAACUUGUAUAACAUACAGUACCUUGUGGUCUGGGGAAAUGAUAGCGCUGAAGAGUCUGAUGAGAGUUUGAGAGUGAUUAGGAGAUUGUACAAGCAUAUGAGACCUUAUGUUUCCAAGAACCCCAGGGCUGCAUACUUGAACUUCAGAGAUCUAGAUCUGGGGAUUAAUAUGGAUGCCAUAAGCUACUCUGGAGCUAAAGUUUGGGGAAAACACUACUUCAAAAGCAAUUUCAAGAGGUUGGCUCUAGUGAAGGCUGAGGUUGAUCCUGAGAAUUUUUUUAGGAAUGAACAGAGUAUUCCUCCACUUUACAGGUCAUAUGAUUGA